ACCAACGAACUCCCUCCUUACCAACCGCUUCAACACCCUCUCAGCGCCGCUGGUCGUGACAGGCUGCGCCAGCUCUCACAACCCACAAAGUUUGGUGUCCAUCACCAGUUGCUUGCUGAAGUCAUCUCAUGCUUGAGUGAAGCCGCCGCCGAGACCAACGAAGCCUUGAGCAGCAAAGAGACCGACCUCGCUCGCUCAAAAGCCAGGAACCAAGAUGAUCCCACCACAAGCCAACAACGUGUCGAAGAGAUGGAGGCUCAGUUCGAAGAGCUGCAGGCCAAGGUCGACAGCAUAACGGCUCAAAUGGACAAGGAUGUACGCAAGAUGAUCGACGCCGACAACAACAUCGAAGAUAUGCAACACACCCUCGCCGAGCUUGUCAGAGACGUCUCCAAUGCCUCUACCCAGCGUACACAACGCACACAAAGAGAGGAUAGCGAAGAGUACCCCGAUUUUGACCCCACUGAUCCGACAAACGCCACUCAGCGUCCACUUGCCGUUGCCCAUCUCUUCAACGACCGCGUUGCCCGCGCCAAAGACCGCUACAACACUCAAUCCUUGACGAACCGCUACAGUAAGAAUAACCACUACAUCGGCUUCAAGAAAAUCACCCACGACGCUCGCUAUCACAACGACGAUGUUCCUCCACCCCACCUCUGGUUCAAAGAAGACCGCCCCGAUGCUGGAGAAACCGCCUUGGGUACCGAAGACAGUGAUGACGAUCUGCAAAUUGCAAAAGAAACAAUCAGCACAAGAUGUCCAUUGACGUUGCGAGAAUUCGAAGAUCCAGUCACCAGUCGCAAAUGCCCUCAUUCGUUUGAGCGCGAAGCCAUCACCUCCAUGAUCCAGAUGCCUAACAAUCAUGUGCGCUCCGAAGGUGCUGCUGCUGUUCAAUGCCCAGUCCCUGGAUGUCAAAAGCUUUUGACGUUGGCGGAUAUCCACAGUGAUCCUAUGAUCAAGCGCAAGAUUGCGAGAUUGCAAAAGGCUAACCGGGAUGCCGAGGAAGAUAGUGAUGAGGAG